CUAAACCAUAUCGUUAACCAGUCACAGCCGAUCGUCGUGCAAGUGCGGUCCCCGUUGUUCGUCACGGCACUAUACGCGCGUCUCUUCUCCGUUUUUAUCGGUGACGCGCGUUAAUUACCCCAGAAUUGUUCGCGCCUCGCGCGUUUCCGACGUGUGUGGUCGGAACGAGACCGGUCUCCGUUAUUCGUGUAUUUACCUUCAGUGUAUAUUGUGUACACUUGCUGAAAAAUUUGGUUAAAAAGUUAUCCAAAUUUGUGUUAAUACACAACGUUUGAUAUUUUGAAAGAAUAUGAAAUACAUAGUUAUAUAAUCGUUGUAUUAAAUAUCUUUUAAUUAGAAAAGCUUGAUAUGGAAAUGUGAAAUGUCACAGGCUUUCUACAGUAUUGACAAGCAAAUAUUGUUAUAUAAGUGAUAUAAAUUAAAUUAAACAAAAUACAUAAAGUGAAUGAAUUUUGCAAAACAAGUAAAAUAACUAAAAGGAAAAGGAUAAAUAAAAUAAAUAAAAUAUACAAAUAACAAAGAAUAAAUAAAGUAAAUAAAACACGUAAAAAACAAGGACUAAAUAAAUCUACAUUAAACAGUAACUUUCAUGGAAAUUAUGUGUCAACACACAAACUUUCAAUCUCACACAAACCAAAAACAUUUCGUCUACAUUCAGCAACCUGACACCAACAAAUCUGUAUCAACAAUCGUCAAAGAAGAUCAUUUAAAAGAACCAAACAACUGACAACAGCAUCAUUCAUCACAAAAUUACCCAUUGUCUCUGCAAAAUGAAGCGAAGCUACGCAGUAGUAGAAACACGUGUCAAUUGAACGGGGUCAGGUGUAUACUCGUAUGUUCGCUCCGGAAGAAACCACUUAUUAUUUAUGUAACACAGUCAGAAAGGUGAGAAACAAGUGUUUCACUGUACAGGUGAAUCAGAACAUGAAGAGAAGAACAAUAUUGCAGUGUGCAAACUUCGUUUUCAAAAUUAUUUGACAAUGAGUGGACCUCAAAUAAAUCGAAAAUUUUCGAUGUCCAAAGAUUCAGCCACAAACAAUACAAAAGUCACGAAGAAUGAGUCCGCCGGAUCCGAGUUCAGCGAGUCAGAGGUCAAAGAUGCAUCGAAGAAUCCAUCGACUGACCCAGAGAAAGAAACUGAAAGCAAAAUUGAUACGGAAUACGCGGAAAUUCCAAGAUCAGUUCGACGUUUAUUCCAAAAACGCGGCAAGGUAAGCGAUAUAAUCGUGAGAGACCCUCCGAUUGAUCUAGAAAAUCACCCCUCAGGAUCUUCGAAAUCAUUCAAACCGAUAUCCACUGAAGAAAGCAUAGAGACCAAGUGGAAGAGAUUCUGGGAGUCCAAUCGAGAAAAGUUCAAGCAAAAAUUAGAAGAAAGGAGUCUGAGGAAUCGAUCAGAUGAUGCGAACAUUGAAACAGACGUUAUUUUCCAUCGACGUCGAUCGUCGAGUUUGCUAAAUCUACAAGACACCUCUACUAAGAAAAUAAUUACCGAAAGGAGCAGACUUUCCAAUGAAAUUGAAUCAAGUAAAGUUUCCUCGUCAUUUCACGGUUCAAAGGAUAAAAUCGAGGCAAAAAACUGCGAUCUGAGGACUACUCCAGUGAUCAAUCAAGAUUCUUUAAAGUGUAAAGUAAAAGAAGACACAGUGUACUGUCAAAAUGACGCGGUGAAGGAGGAAAAACAUUUGAACUGCCUGAGAAACACUGGCGAGAGUAAUUUAUUGAGUGGAGAAGAUCAAGAAAAGAGAAUUCAAGCGGAAGAAACGAGCGUAGAUCGUUCCAAGGACUUAGACCGAUCUCCAAGGAGAUGGAGUUCUUUAGAAAACCUUCAAACGAAGGACUGCACAGGGUUUACUAGCUCGAAAUCGAAGAAUGCUUCCACGGAGAAGUCGAAAACAAAGGACAAGAUGACGAUCGGUUCCUUGAAGUCCUCUUUGGAGAGGAAGAUGGGCUCUGUUGAGAGGAUGCUGGAGGAUCACGUGGAGAGGAUCAUUGAGGAGAACGUGGAGAAGCAUCCGUGGCUGUUGCCGAUCGAGACCUGGAUCUUGGAUCAUUGCAAGCAUUCCUCGAACGAUAUUUUUUCCGAUCGACGGAAAACCGCGGUCUCGAAGGUUGAGCGAUCGAAGAUCGAGCCGGGUCUCGCGAUCAAGUUCACGGCGGCCGAGAACGAACACGAUGAGCCGAAAAUAGAGACUAAAUUAGAGAACUCGGGGAACACGGGAAGCGAGUCCACAAACUUAGGAUCGGACACUGCGCUUUCGACUUCUAAGUCGAAGAAAUCCGAGAAUUCGCAGCGUGAGGAAGCUAAUCCGAAGGCGAGCAAUGGCGCGCUAGAAUUAAAGGACACGAGGCAUCAUGAUUUGUUCGAUAAGCUGCGGGAUAACGUUAAGGAGAAAAUGGAGGACAUUCAUAGGUACUUCCAGAGGACAAAUCGAUUGGCGGACGUAAAUAGACGGUUGAAGUCGCAAAUAUGGAGCUCCGUGGUGACGAUUGUUCUCGUCGAGGCGAGAAAUCUGCUGCCGAUGGAUAUAGACGGUCUAUCGGAUCCAUACGUCAAAUUUCGGUUGGGAACAGAGAAGUACAAAUCGAAGGUGGUGCACAAGACCUUGAACCCAGUUUGGCUGGAGCAGUUCGACCUUCAUCUCUACGAAGACCCUUACCUGGGCCAGGAGCUAGAAGUGACUGUCUGGGACCGGGACAAGAGCCACCAGGAUGAUCUGAUGGGUCGAACGAUGAUAGAUUUGGCAACGCUUGAGCGCGAGACAACUCAUCGUCUCUGGCGUGAACUUGAAGAUGGCUCAGGGAGCAUUUUUUUACUUUUGACCAUCAGCGGCACCACAGCCAGCGAGACCAUCAGCGAUCUGGCGGCACACGAAGAAACUCCUCACGAACGGGAGCAAUUGUACCAAAGAUAUUCGGUGAUGAACACCUUCCAGAGGAUACGAGAUGUUGGACACCUAACCGUGAAGGUAUUCAGGGCACAAGGUCUCGCAGCGGCUGAUUUAGGAGGGAAGAGCGAUCCCUUCUGUGUCCUUGAAUUAGUGAACUCCAGGCUGCAAACUCAAACCGAGUACAAGACUCUCGCGCCGAACUGGCAAAAGAUUUUCACCUUCAACGUGAAGGAUAUUAAUUCGGUGCUGGAGGUGACAGUGUACGACGAGGACAGGGACCACAAAGUAGAGUUCCUCGGGAAGGUCGCCAUACCGUUGCUGAGAAUAAGGAACGGUGAGAAGAGGUGGUACGCGUUGAAGGACAAGAAACUUAGAGGCCGAGCGAAGGGUAAUUCGCCACAGAUUCUAUUAGAGAUGACCGUUCGAUGGAACGUCCUCAGGGCCUGCGUUCGGACCUUGAAUCCCAAGGAGAAAAAGUACAUGGAGCCGGAGAUCAAAUUCAAGCGACAGGUCUUUUUACGGAAUGUACUCAGGCUGAAGGCGAUCAUCAUAAUCUUCAUCGAUAUAGGAAAAUACAUACAGAGCUGCUGGGAGUGGGAGAGCAAAAUGAGAAGCAUCAUCGCGUUGGUCUUCUUCGUUGUUGUCUGUUAUUACUUUGAGCCUUACAUGAUACCUGGCGCGGCGUUACUUAUUCUUCUGAGGUACUAUUUGGUUGCAGUGAUCACCGGCGCGCCCCUGUCUCAUAAUACCAGCUCUCAUUUCCACGACGAGGGUGACGAUGGCCCAACCACUCCGGGGGACGACGACGACGACGAUGAUGACAAAGACAAAGAAGAGAAGAAAAGUCUGAAGGAACGGCUGCAGGCGAUUCAGGAGGUGACCCAAACCGUGCAGAACUCGAUCGGUUAUAUAGCGAGCCUCUGUGAAAGAGUUAAAAAUCUCUUCAAUUUCACCGUUCCCUACUUAAGUUACUUGGCCAUAGUGCUGGUGAUCCUCGGCGCAGCGAUCCUCUAUUUCAUCCCGGUUAGAUACCUGAUCCUGGCGUGGGGCAUCAAUAAAUUCUUCAGAAAGAUCAUCCGGCCUCACUCGGUCCCGAACAACGAGGUCCUCGAUCUGAUAUCUCGAGUGCCCGACGACGACGAGCUACUCAAUUACAGAGAGUUGAAACCUUUACCGACCGCCGACUGCGAAAAGGCGGGUACAUCGGGUAGCCCGGGUUCAGCGAGCAUGUCGCGGCGGGAGCAAAGAAAGAGGCACAAGGCCGCGUAGCAGCAUGCCCCGCGGCCGGAAGUCGCGGGUCUACGAUCACCGAGCAUCCUGAGGACGGUCCUGCUGCGCCGGAAGAUGCGCCAUCGUAAGGAAUCGGCCGAUAAUUUGGAUGUGAUCGACAUAGACUGAGAAACACUGCGUUUCCACUAGUAGAUUACUAGGCUAGCGAGGAUGCCUGAGACCAUAGUUUCCACUAUCUUCAAUCGAGUACGAACAUCACGCGUGGUAUGUCCUCGAACCGACUGUUGGAAGAUGGUUUCUGUGAAACGAGUUGAUGUGUUACGCUUGGUUAUUGAUUGCGUGAAUAAUUAUGUUAUUGAUCCUUGCGUCGAUAACCGACAAUUAGUUGUACUUGGAAACGCUUUACGGUCCUAUUGAAAAAUUGUAAAACUUCUGUGGGUAAUAUUGUAAUGUUGUAUUGAGAAAUAUUUUAUGCUGGGAGUUUUAGAAAACAAUGGUUUUGUAUUUUUUUAAUACUAACUGUAAGAGUGCGUUUGCUUGAGAUCUGGAUAUGCUGUUUUAUAUGAUAUUUUUAUUAAAAUUGUUUUUUUUACUCAGUGUACAUUAUGAUUAGUAAAUUAUUUCAUUUGUUUAUAGUACGAGGAGAAUGAAAGAAAGGUAACCUUAUUACAAUUUGUUUAUUUAUUAAUGAUUAUUUUGUAUGAUCUCGAUGAUUAUUAUCAUUAUCAUUUGAUUUAAAAUGGUCAAUGCAGAAUUAUAAAAAAAAAUGAUGGAAAAAAUUGUCGUUGAUUGGUAUCUUAGACCGUCAACACAGUAAAAAAAUGUUGGUUAUUGACUUAAGGAUUAAUAUUACUGUAUCGAUGGUUCAAAAAGUCGUUAAGUAAUGUCUGUAAAAGAAUUCUGUUUGCGUUUAAUGCAAAUCAUUGAAAGUAACUUCGUAACCUGAUGAUGUCUCCGAGACAUACCACGCACAUUGUUGCUAGGUUUUCCGUUAAAUAGCUCGGAGAACGUAUGUUGAGACUUAAAACGGUGUUUUUCGUCUAGGUAGCAUUUUUUUGUGGUAACAUUUGUCGAAUGUAGUUGUGUGGAAUAGCGAGGAUGAUCAGUUCCGUGUGCAAUAGUGCGUCGAGAAGGAGGUCAAAUUUCUGAAAGUAUUUAUUGUCGAAUGAGUUAAUAUAGGAUUUAUUUAUAAUUAAAAAGUUAUAAUUAAAUUGUGGUUUUUUUUAUACCGCAAUUGUAAGAUAAUUUGAUUGCCUGAAGUAAUUUUUAAAUUAUAAGUGCUAUAGAACAAAUCAAAAUUUAUGUAACUAUAUAUUUCUGAUUACCCCUUUUCACUAAACUAAAAAUUUACUACUGUUAUAUUAUCUGUUC